CAAAAAGAAAAUAUGCAAAAUUCAACAUAAAAGACGAACAGGAAUCUUUUUUUCUUCUCUUUUUGUUCCUGGAAACAACCGGAAAUCUAGCACAAAUUAUUGAUUAAAUAUGUAAAGUAAUUGAUAACAAAUUACAUAAUAAAUCAGAAUUUCUAUUUAAUAAUAUGGAUGAUGAUCAACUAAUCACUGUUGAAUGUUCACAAUCAUUAGAUUCUAUAAUAAUACAUAAUUCAAAUGAGAAAGAUGUGAAAUCUCUUCAUGAUUGUGUUGAAUUAAGUACAAUUAAAUCUUCAAGUAUAAAUAUUACAUAUGAAGAAAGUAAAUUAUCAACUUCAAUCUCUUCUUCUAUACCAUCAUCAAAUCCAACUAUUGUUGAACCUGUAACAUCAUCACCACCACCAACAACAACAACAAAACCAUCUAUAUCACAUGAUUCUAGCUAUAGUUUAUUGAAUAGUUUUAAAAAACGUAUUAAACAACAUUUAACUAUAUCAAGAAAUUCUAGUUUACAUAAAAGUAUGCAUGAUUUAUCUAUAUCCCCCAAGAAACUCAAUUUUCAAUCAACUAAUAAUAAUAAUAAUAAUAUAAUAAGUUUAAAUUCUGCAUCAAGUUCCAUUUCAUCAACGAAUGUAAAUAAAUUAAAUUUAACACAAGAUGUACCAGAUGACAUAACAUUAAUUGAAAAUGAACAUGAUAAAGCAUUAAUUACUGUAACAUCAUUGACUAAUGAACAAUUACUUUUAUUACAAUCAAGUUGGAGUUUAGUGAAACAAUAUAUUGAAAAAAUUGGUGUGAUUACAUUUCUUGGCAUAUUUGAACAGCAUUCAGACUUUCGUGAUGCAUUCACUGAAUUUCGAAAGAGAAAAUUCGUUGAUGUAAAACAUGAUCCAGCAAUGCAAGUUCAUGGUUUACGCGUACUAAGCGUAGUAGAUAAACUAAUUACUCGAUUACCUAAAACUGAUGAUAUUGAAAGACAAUUAAUGAUGAUUGGAUCAAAACAUUGCCGAUACGUUCCAACAAUUGCAUUGGUAUCUAGUGUUUCGGACCAAUUAUGGGGUGCUAUAGAACCAGUUUUAAAAGAAGAAUGCUUAUGGUCGGAUGAUUUAGCAGUUACAUGGAAAUCAAUUCUUGAUUAUUUAACUAAAACAGUAAAAUAUGGUUUAGCUAAAACAUUCCAUUCUACACACAAAUAGAACAUAUUUUUUGUUUCAUUCAAAUACUCAUAUAUAUAUGUCCUACAGAAUACAAACUCUUCUGUAGAUCUUUAUGUUUUAUUCAUUUAAUGCUGCACAUCAGUUGUACUAUCAAUGAAAUGAAAUCAAUCACUCAAAGCGGGUAAACAAAUUGAUAUUAAUGUCAAUAAUAUUAAAUAGCUUAUAUUCAUUUUCCUUUGAUUCCCAGUAUAUGUUUUAAUGUAAUACUCGAUGAAAUAAAUACCCUUGUACAUAUUCAUUAAACAAUAUUCUUCACAAUUUUAGAUGUUCUGGUUUUCUACAUACUUUAUUUUGACUUUUUUGCUUUCUCUCUCUCUCUCGCUCCCCCUCUCUUUUGAAUAACAAUUAUAAUUGGAUAAUAACAAAUUCUGGUUAAUCUUUACUUAUUCUUUAGUUCACCUAAUUCAUAAUGUCUUUCUAUUACAUAACAAUCUAUGUUCAUAUGAAAAUUUCAUUCAACAAAUAUAAAAUCUUAAUUGUUCA